GGUCAGCUGCUUUGUGAGGGCGGCCGCGAGCGGCGCCCCGCUAGGGUACAAAAUAUGGAAAGUCCAGAAAGAAAAAAACAGAAGGUUUUAAAGGCCAAAAAAACAAUGCCUGCAAGUUGCCGGAAGCAGUUGGAGAUCCUGAACAUGUCAAAGAAUGUUGAAGCUUCAAAAUCAACAGUUGGAACAAAUAUUCCAAAUGGCCAUAAUCAAAAGAAGAUGUUUUCAGAAAACAAAGAAAAUGUUAAACUCAUGAAAACUUCAGAGCAAAUUAAUGAAAAUGGUUGUGUAGCUCUGGAAAGGCAUACAGCACUACUAGAACAGGUUAAACAUUGGAUUCGACAGGAAAUCUACAUGAUAAAUUGUAACCUAUUUGAUAAAAAACUGAAUGAACUUAAUGAACGCAUUGGGAAGACCCAGUGCAAGAAUAAGCAUGAAGCAAUAGCUGGUGAGCUCUUUGUGAAAAUCAGAAGACUUCAAAGACGUAUUAAAAAAGUAUUAUCAUCUCAAGAAAAUUGUUUGGAACCAAACACAUUACCCAAUAAUACAGUCUGUAAGAUUACAGAUUCAGAGACCAUGAACUGGAGCUUGACCCAUGGGUCAGCUAAAAGCCUAACUAAAAGAACACCUUAUAUGAACCCUGAUCCUUGUAACUCUUCAGAAAAAGCAACUAGAAGGGUUAAUUUGUCUUCAGCUUGUGUCCAGUUUGUUUCUGAAAGUAACGCUGAUGAUGUUAUGUUAAUUUCUGUGGAAAAACCCAAUUUGACAACUCCAAUUACAUCAGUUUCAACAGAAUUUGGAAAAAACAGAUCAAAGAAAUUCAGCAACUCAUCUAAUACCAUAAUUGAAGUUGGGGCUAAAGAGAAGAAACCUGAUUUUGUUAUUGACUUGACAAGAGAUGGCCUGUCCAGCAACAGCAUAGAAAGCCCAGCAUUCACCCUGAAGUCAUCUUCGAAAGCUGUUUUAAGAUCAAACGAAAUAAUCCCAGUGGCAGAAAAUGGAGAUGAGGGUUUUGAUUCAUUUGAACACCUGCCACCUCUUCCAGAGCCGUCACCACCACUCUCUGAGAUGGCAGACAAAAUCCAAGACACUCUUCCUCCCCAAAAGCCUGAGCUGAGAGUGAAGCGGGUGUUGAGGCCCCCAGGCAUUGCCCUGGCAUGGAACAUCUCCAAGGUCAACCCCAAGUGCGCUCCUGUGGAGAGCUACCACCUCUUCCUGUGCUACGAGAACUCCAAUCAUUUGACUUGGAGGAAAAUUGCAGAAAUUCAAGCUUUACCGCUCCCGAUGGCCUGCACUGUAUCUCAGUUUUUAGCUUCCAGCAGAUACUAUUUUACUCUUCAAUCAAAAGACAUUUUUGGGCGAUAUGGACCAUUUUGUAAUAUAAAGUCUAUUCCUGGGUUUUCUGAAAACCUUACCUAAAAGUCCUCAGUAAUUAUAUGUUUACAUGUCAUCUUUUCAUAUGAAUGCUUUGUUUACAGUGUUUCUCUUAACACUGCACAUUGUAACAUUGUACAGUUCCACUUGUGAACCCUUUGUAUGGGAACAGUCUUACAUGUAGUGUAUCUUGGAAUUUGGUGUAUUUCUAAUUUGCAUUCUGUAUGUGCUUUGUAAUCUGUGCUUUCUCACACAUACCCUAUCAUGGACCCAUGUUGCCACUGUAUGUUACUCUGGGGACUAUGGAGUUGCUGCUGUGUCAGAAGCUCUCAUGUACAAGCAGCCACUUUCCCCAUUCUUGACAAUUAACUGUAAUCCUGGGGUGUAUCCCUGUCAUGAUCUAGUACAUAGGAAUUCCUUCCUGUUGUUUUCAGUUUUAAACAGACUAUUGAUGUGUGCCCUUUGUCUUUGUUUGGCUAGCAAUCAUUUGAGAUUUGGUGGUUUUGCCUAAGCACUACAAUUUGUUAGAUCAGGCAUUCUGGGAUAUGCCUCUAAUCCCAGCACUUGGGAAUCAAAGGUAGGUAGAUCUCUUAGUUAAAGCCAGCUUGGUCCUACAUAGAAAGUUUCAGUCCCACCAGAGCUAUGUAUCAGGCUGAUUUUUGUUUUUUUUUUUUAAAUUGUACAUGAAAAUACAUGGUACGUAUAAAAGAAAUUCAGCUUGCUGUUUCAACCAUGGAGUUAAUCCCUUAGGUUGGCGGCUUUAAUUUGCUGAUUCCUAAUUUCUCUAAACGCCUUCCUUUGCCAAGGCUCUAGUAGAAGGGUCUUGUUCGUAUCUCUCGCCAAAGAAGCACUGAAGUGGGGUAUAAAUAGCCCAAGAAAUGGUGUGUAAAGAGAGAUUUGAGAUUCCUGAGUUACAACACAAGAGAGACAAACUAGAUAGUAAAUGGGAUGUCAUAGAAAAAAAAAGCUUGCAGCAUGGUUUAAGAGUGUGACACUCUUUUCUGCUCCACAGUGGAAGUUCGAGGUAUGAACAGGAAACAAUUCCCUGGGGUUUGGAGUGCCUCUACAUCUUCAUAAAUAAAGUUGUUAUUCUGUCA